CACUAAGCUAGACGCAGCUAACAUGAGCAUUUGCGGAACGAAUUGCUGGUCCCGAGUGGCGCGAAAAAGCCCUUGACUUCACCUUACCAAGCAUUAAGAAUAUGUCUGCUAAUGAUGAGCCGGAAUUCUCCAAAUAUCAGCGCGAGCUGGACGAGGCGUUCCACCGCCGGGACGACCCCUGCCCUGCGGGCACGCCAGAGCACGCCGAGUUGCUGGCGUUCGUGGCAAAGCUCGCCAAGUUUCGGAGGAGCAGGCCCGAGCCGCUAGCGGACGCCCCCGGGUCGGUGGCUUCCAACCCCGAGCUAGCUGCCCAGCUGGGUCUGCCCUCUACCUAUGACCCCCGCUUCCGGCUGCCUGCCUCCCUGCUGGCGCCGCCAGAGCGUGUGGGCGCUGCCGUGAGGGCAAUAGCCCGACGCAUGGCGCAACGCGCCGCUGCUGCUGCCGGCAGCAGCAGCAGGGACCAUGGGAGGGAGCGAGAGCGGGAACGGGAGCGGGAUAGGGAGCGGGGCAGAGACAGAGACAGAGACCGAGACCGUGGUGGAGGUGGCUCUGGCGGCAGUAUCACGUCAGAGAUUAUGGAGGCGGCCACGCAGGUGGUUGAGGAGUACAGGCGGCUGCUGCCCUGGUUCGAGGACUUCCACCAGCGCCGCCAGAUGGCUCGGCUGCGCAAGCUGCAGGCCGACCGGGCGGCGCUGCCGGCGGCGGCGUUCCGGGACGCCAUUGUGUCGGCGCUGGCCAGCUCGCAGGCACUGGUGGUCGCGGGCGACACGGGCUGCGGCAAGAGCACCCAAAUCCCACAGUACCUGGCCGCGGCCGGGUACCGGCGCAUUGCCGUUACACAGCCACGCCGCAUCAGUGCUGUCAGCCUGGCGCGGCGCGUGGCGGUUGAGGCGGGCGACACGCACGGCAGUACUGUGGGCUUCAAGGUUCGGUUCAGCAGCAGUGUGGCAGGCUCAACGCGCAUCGUGUUCUGCACCGAGGGCAUACUGCUGCGCGAGCUGGCCGGAGACCCGCUGCUGAGCGGCUACGACGUGGUGGUCCUGGACGAGGUGCACGAGCGGCACCUCACCACGGACUUCCUGCUGGCGCUGCUGCGCGCCCUGCUACUGCAGCGGCCGGAGCUGCGGCUGGUGCUCAUGUCCGCAACCAUCAACUGCGCCGCCUUCGCUGACUAUUUCGGCGGUGCCCCCAUCGUGCAGAUCCCCGGCCGCCUGUACCCCAUCCAGCUGGUGUAUGUGCCGCCGGAGGGCGCCGCUUCAGAGGAUGCCCGAAAGCGUGGCGGUGCCGGUGGCAGCAGAGGCGGCGGCGGCGGCGGCAGUAGCAGCGCCAGGGGCGGCAGUGGGCGGGGUGGCGGCGGAGCAGGGUCGGACCAGAUCGACCCAGCGCCCUACCUGCGGCUGCUGCAGCGCAUUGACACGGAGGUGCCCUCCAGCCAGCGCGGCGACCUCCUGGUGUUCGUGGCGGGCACGGCGGACAUCGCCGCGCUGUGCGCAGCCCUGGCGCCGUACGCGGAGCAGACGCGGAGGUGGGUCAUCCUGCCGCUGCACGCCGCGUUACCGCUGGAGGCGCAGGAAAAGGUGUUUGACGUGCCACCAGAUGGCGUGCGGAAGGCCAUCAUCUCCACCAACAUUGCCGAGACGUCGCUCACCAUUGACGGCGUGCGCUUCGUGUGCGACAGCGGCCGAGCCAAGGAGAUGAUCCACGACGUGGCCAGCGGGGGAGGCAGCCUGCAGGAGGGAUGGAUUAGCCGGGCAAGUGCCGACCAGCGGAAGGGCCGAGCCGGCCGCACGGGGCCCGGCGUGUGCUACCGCAUCUACACGGAGGCUCAGUACGACGACAUGAGGCCUUUCAGCGCGCCCGAGAUUGCACGUGUGCGGCUAGAGGCGGUGGUGCUGGGCAUCAAGGCGCUGGCGGGCGGCGGCAUGGACCCGCGGGCCUUUGGCUUCAUCGACCCGCCGCCGCCCGACCGGCUGGAGGCAUCCAUCACCACCCUGAAGCAGAUCGGCGCACUGACGCUUGACGGGCGCGAGGGCCUGACGCCGCUGGGCGCCGUGCUGAGCCUGCUGCCGGUGGACCCGGCCGUGGGCAAGCUGCUGGUGCUGUCGGCCGUGUUUGGGCUCGCGGGCCCCGCCUUGACGCUGGCUGCCGCGCUAUCGGUGCAGUCGCCCUUCCUCAAGCUAGGCGAGGAGGAGCACGACCAGGAGGCCAAGGCCGCCCGCGCCUCACUGGUGUCCCCCCACGGCGACCCGCUCACGCUGCUCAAUGUGUUUGAGACCUGGCUGGCCAUCAAGGAGGGCGGGAGCGGAGGAGUUGACCGGGGUGACGACAGAGACCGGCGAGACAGGGGCGGCGGCGGGGGCGAUCAACGCCAUGGUGGCUGGGACAGAGGCGACCGCCGCGGCGGCGGCGGCGGCGGCUCUGGGUCUUCUUCGCGCUGGUGCCGGCGCCACGGCCUGGCCGAGGCGCGGCUGUACGAGAUGGCCAAGCUGAGGGCCCAGUUCGCGGAGCUGCUGGCGGACGCGGGCAUUCUGAGGGCGGGCGGUGGCACAGCUCUGUCCGCUGCUGAGGUCAGCGCACGGCGGCGGCGCCACCUUCAGCACCAGCGGGGCCGCAAGGGCGGUACUGCAGGCCUGCGCGGAGCCGAGUUGCAUGCGGCCAAGCGGCGCCUACGGGACAUGCAGGCGGAACGUGAGCGGAAGCGUGGCCGGAAGGUCCUUAAGGUGGAUAAGUCCGGUGGCCGUGGUGGCACUGGUGGAGACGGCAGUGGCGACAGUAGCAGCGAUGGCGAGGGCGGCAGCGGCAGUAGCAGCGGCGAGGAGCAGCUGGAGGCGCUCCAUGACCUGGACCUGCGAGUGCACGUGGAUGUCAAGUCCAUGGCGGCGGAGGCUUCUCGGCCGCUGACGCCUGCGGAUGUGGGGCUCCUGCGCCAUCUGCUGGCCGUGUGCCUCUACCCGCGCAUUGCGGUGGGCGACGAGGCCAACCCGCAACGGCGCGACGCGGACUGCCGGUUCUUCACCGCCACCGGGGCGUCAGACCUGGUGCUGCACCCGGGCAGUGUGCUGGCGGGCGCCGCCAACGAGGUGCCGCGAGGGCAGGUGCUGGCGUACACCGAGCUCAUUGAGACCCGGCGCCAGUACCUGUCUGGACUCACGCCGCUGUGGGCUCUGCCAGCACUGCUGCUGGCGGCGCGGCGGCUGGACUGUGAUGUGGGGUGCGGGCGCUGGCUGGUGGACGGCUGGCUACUGCUCAGGGUACACGAUGGCGCGGGGCCCAAGGUGCUGCAGCAGGUGCUAGAGCUGCGUACCAGCUCAAAUGCGCUGGUGAGUGGCCGGCUGCGUGCGGCGCGGCUGGCGGCACUGACUGCCGUACACGUCGUUGAUGAGGAUGACGAGGCGGCUGACAGCAAUGAAAUUGGUGCUGAUGGCGGCUCAGCAGCAGCUGGGAUGCAGGGGGGCGGGCUGCCACCACCAGCAGUGGAGGCCGGGGCAAGCGGCACCUUCCAGAAGGGCUAUGCAGCUGUGGCCGCCGCACUUCCAGAGGAGCUGCAGCCUCUGCUUGCCGGGGUGAUGGCUCAGCAGGCUGCCUGGCGUGAGUCAGAGGCCAGGCGCCGCCGCCGCACCCAGGAGCGUGAACGCCGCCGGCUUCAGGCGCAAGGCGUUGGCAGAGCACCUGCUCGGGACUGGCGGGAGGUGGAGGAGGAGGCUGCAGAGGAGGAGGAAGUAGAGCGGGCGGAGGCGCUGCAGGACAGUGUGAUGGAGGACGAACUGGCGCGGCGACUGGCACUGGACAUGUGGCCAUGCAGGUACUCACUUGAGCGGCUAGCCCCGGGAAACAAGGUCACUGCUCAGUUCAUCAUUGAGCAGCAACCGCCUUGGGCACCACUGUCACUGCAACAACAGCUGUUGCAGCAGCAAAGCACCAAUACUGGUGCUGCAGCACCGGCUGCAGAGGAAGCAAUCGAUAAGGGUGGUGGCUUUAGUGGUGCAGAGUCAGCGGGCGUGAGCACAGAUGUGCUGGGUGUUCCACGCCACACUGCAGGCAUGUGGCUCACGCCGUGGCUCAGGUACGGCAGCCUGCGUGGCUACGAGUCGGCCAUGGCCCUCCAUGCGCUGCAGCCAGCACUGCGAAAGCCAUGGAUGUGCCCUGGCUGUGGCCUGAGGCUGGUGGGCACGUUCAGCGAGGUGCGGACACAUGUGGGGGGCUGCACCGCCGUCCAGGGUGUGGAUUCGCACGCUGUGGAGACGCUGGGCUAUGCACAGGCAGCCACUGGGCCUGUUGCGGCAGCAGCAAGCAGUAGCAGCGCAACAACACCCAAUGCCAUUGAUGGUCGGCGUGGUGCAGUAGCAAGGGGUGUCAUUGGGGCAGGGGGUGACGUUGAUGAUGGGCCUCUGGCCACAGCAGCUGCAGCAGCAGCACGGGCUGCACGAGAGCUUGAACAGGAGAGGGAGAGGCAAGGUAGGCGGCAAGAUGAAGCUGUGACAGAGGGCUGCAGCAGCAGCCAGCUUCCAAUACCAGCAGGCUGCAACCAGCUUCCAAUACCAGCAGCCGCUGGCAUUGACAGUGCAGUGGAUGCAGAAGCACGGCUACAUGAGUACCUGGCAUCCCCUGUCAAGUGGGGCCGGCGGCGCAUUGCUGCACCUGUGGGGGCAGCACUGCUUGUGCCACCUACCACAGCGGCAGUAUUGGGCAGCUUUAGGCAGAUGGCUUCUGGUCCAGCCAUGACAGGCAGUGGCGAUGCUGGAGUGCUGCCAAAGGUAUUGCCACCCCCGCCUCCACUGCCCCAGGACAUGGCACCCGGGGCACGGGCAACAGCAGCAGCAGCACCACCACCACCAUUAGCUUCUGCUCGGAUGUACACGUGUCCAGUGUGCGGACUGGAGCAGAUGCUCACACCACCACAGAUUCUGCAGCACAGGCGCUUGCAUGGCUAGCAUCCUGCAUCUAACAGGGGUCACUGCACAUAUGAUUAGUCCAUCCUCAAUAGUAGCUGCACUGAGUCGUGUUGCUAGAGUACUUUGGAGGAGUAUGGGUAGGGGCACAGACUUACCCAGGCCGUUAUGUGCACAUGUCCCUCAUUCGGAAAUACAGUAUCAAGGCAUCUUGUUAUCAUUUACCGUAAUACAUGCUGGCGGUGAUAUGCCAUUUUAUGUAGUUGGGUGCUGGCCCUGCAACAAGGCGCCCACUUCAUCAGCAACAAUUGUGCCAAUUUUAUAACAUUGCUGAAAGACUUCAGGAAGUUGCCUGGUGGGCCAAUUGAACACAUUAGCACGCGGGCCCCAGACCUGGUGAUGGCCCCGGGUCUGGUGGCAGCGGCGGCCCCCAACCUGGUGUCUGUGGUGCGGGUGCAGCGCCUUGUGGUGGAUGUGUGCAUGCAUGGAAUGGAGCAGGGGGGCAAGGUCACUUGGAGGCGGAGAGUGUGGGCACCCAAGAAGUGAUGGUGCACGGGUUGAGAUGGUGGGGCCCAAGAAGCUGGCUGAUGUUUUGUUGGUGGGCAGUGGGCAGCAGCAUGAGGAGUGGACUGUGGGCUGUACUGCUGGUACCCGGUUAGUGCCAUGUAUUGUGUCCUCAAUCGUGCAAGGCAGGGCAGGCUGUAUCUGAAGUGCUGGCUGUCAGCCCAACAUGGCCCUCCAAUAUGCCCGGCUCGGAGUCCUGUUUGUGUGUUGCUGCUCAUAUUCCUGUAAUAUGAGCUACAA